CUUUACUUUCUCUUCCCACCAACAAUGGCGGAUCACGUAUCACGACUUCGUCUCGCACAGCUAAUUAGGCCCAUCGACAAGGCACGGUCAGAAGCGUCAGCAGUCCCAUUCCGCGACGAUGGGUGGAUGUCCGGGCCCCCGAGUUGCUCUGCUGCGGAUUUCGAGACGCCUCGGCUCCGGCGAUGCCCUUUUGAUCCGGCCACUAUUGACUGGAAAUCCUCCUCCCGUAUUGACGGUGGACUCGAUGGAUAUGCAUGGAGGGUGUGGUUCGGAGAGGAUGGCCCCUAUGUCUUGAAAGUGUUCUGGGACGCAGAGCCGCCUGACUUCAGUCACUACUUUGCCGCCCAGCGGGAAUGCCAGAACGCUGCCCUUCUUCAGAUGAUAGAAGCGGCGGCGCAGCAGGCCGCCAUGGAGGCCAUUCCAAUCAAGUUGAAAGCCAACCCAAGCACUAAGGAUGAGGCCUUGGCCAACCUCCGUGCCUUUUCAAACGAAGGUCGCCGAUCGCAUCUAUCUGCUGAAGCGUUGGAAGUUAAGGCAAUCCCACGCAUAAGGAAGUGCUACGGCUGGUUAGGGCUCAGCGGCCAGGUAUUUCGGGAGGUACCUACGAAAUUGAGGGCGCCAAGUCUCCGCGUCGGCAAAAUUCCCCGUGCUAUGUCGGCAGACAAGGAGUAUAUUGCUAUUGUGUACGAAUAUAUCGAGGAAGGCGAAAACCGCCCCGCUGUUGUGGAGGAAGUCGCCAAUUUUUUUUGGCUCGCCGGCUUCAGUCACACCAACUCCCCUGCUGCAAGGAAUUGGAAGAGCGGAGUACUCGUGGAUCUAUCGGAUAUCGUUCAUCCUGGUGGGUAUGGAUGGCAUCAAAGACGCUAUGGGCCAAGGAUGGCGAACAGGCUGCUGAUAUCAUAGCGACUAUCCUAAGUGCAUGGUUCGGAUUGGGUUGUUCGGCACUAGCCCGAGCAGCCAUGGGGGUCACGGGGACUAUGGACGCAGAAAUUCCUAUAACUUGUCUGCGAAAGAGCUCUCAAUUACGUUCUAUUAAGCCUAGCAAUUCGUUGCGGAUGAUGCAUAGUGACUUGCCCAAAAGGAGACUUCUCUCCUAAGGCGGCGGCGACUCCAGUUGGUGCUUUAGGGUGCAGGAAAGGAUUGGGACUUUGGACAGCCUGCAUAUCUGG